UGGCCCUAGUUUGGAAUUUCGGAGUUAUCGCAAUCAGUCGCAACACAACAAGUACAGUGAAGUACGGUGUUCGGACGUUUUUCACGGGGCCUCAUUUAGAAAGGGUUGCUUAGAAAUUCGUUAAGAGUAUCUCGCGCGCACGUAAAUUAUUCGAUGCGCGUUAAUUCGCACACAUCAAUCUAAUCGAUUCGCUGGCCUUUUCACUGGAAAGAGAAACUGAGAGAAACCGACGACGCGGGCACAUUGGAUUAGGUUCCCUGACUCAACGUAAAAGCGCGCAAAUCCGAGUGAGAGGUCGUCGAUAAGUUUAGGCUAGAGAGAUGUAUCAAAGAAGGUAACACAAAUCUAGAAGACAGGAUCAUGGCAAAUAGAAGAGACAAGCCUACUGGCUUUUUGGACACAUGGUUCGGCCGACCGAAGAAAUCCGUACGCGGGAGUGGGUCGCGCGGCUAUUCGGGCAGUAACACCAUGCCCAGGCCACACUCCGGUGACGAUAUCAACGAGAUCGAGCAACAGCGUUAUAUCAUCGAAAGGAUGGACGAAGAAACGGUGAACGAUAGAUUCGAGGAAAUGCUGGCUAAUAUGAAUCUAACAGAAGAAAAGAAGGAACCAUUGCGUCAGCAAUCGGAGUCGAAGAAGAAGGAGAUGCUGGUUUUGCAUUACAAAGGUAGCAUACAGGAGAAUCGAUCAAAAUUCGACAAACCGGCAGACUACAUACAGUACCUGGCGCAGCCUGAUUUGAGCGUCAAUAAGAUCUACAAUUGCAUUGAGUCUCUCAGGAUCGCGCUUACUAACAAUCCGCUCAGCUGGGUACAGGAAUUUGGCACCAAGGGUCUCAAGCAGGUUCUGGCUACUCUCAAUGAAUGUUAUCGAAAUGACAACCGUUAUGAGCGAAUACAAUACGAAUGUAUUCGCUGUUUAAAGGCUAUUAUGAAUAAUACCGUUGGUAUAAAGGAGAUGUUGGCUCAUCACGAGGCCCUUACCAUUGUGGCCAGGUCAUUGGAGCCGACGAAACCGUCUGUAAUGUCCGAAGCUGUAAAGUUACUAGGCGCGGUGUGCCUCAUAUCCUUUGAUAGUCACAAAAAGGUUUUAGAUGCUGUUACUAUGAAUGGCGAAUUCAAAGGUCGUGAAAGAUUUCUGCCAAUCGUACAGGGUUUGAUGAACAAGAAGAACGAAAAUUUAAGGGUAGUAUGUCUUCAACUCAUAAAUUCGAUAAUAUCAUCCGCGGAGGAUCUAGAUUUUCGCUUACAUCUUAGGAACGAGGUAAUGCGAGUAGGUUUAGCCGAUAUUCUCGAAAUGUUAGAGAAAGAUGAGUCGGAAGACUUGGCUACGCAUUUGAAGAUUUUUAAUGAUCACAAAGAGGAGGAUUACGAGGAAUUUGUACAGAGAUUUGACAAUGUACGUUUAGAAUUAGACGAUGUUAACGAUUGUUUUGAAGUAGUUAAAAAUAUGGUAAUGGAUACUUCCGCCGAGCCAUACUUUCUAUCAAUACUUCAACAUCUUUUAUUUAUUCGAGAUGAUGCUCUGGUUCGACCGGCAUAUUAUAAAUUGAUAGAGGAAUGUAUAUCGCAAAUUGUGUUGCAUCGUUCAGGCUGUGACCCGGAUUUCAGCGCGACAAAACGCUUCCAGAUUGAUGUUCAACCGUUGAUCGAUAUCCUAGUCGAAAAAUCACGGGCCGAGGAAGAACGCCGAUUAGUAGAAGUGAUGCAAAAGUUAGAGGAAGCUAUAGCUAGUAGACAAGAAGCUGAAGCGAAACUUCAGCAUGCGGAAAACAAGAUCAAAGAACUGGAGCAAGGAACAGAGAAACCUGGAGGUUUUAGGACUGCUGUAUGUCCGCCUCCACCACCUAUGCCCGAAAUGGGUAGCAGACUACCGCCGCCGCCACCUCCUUUUCCUGGCGGUAGUGGCCCACCUCCACCACCACCUAUGUCUGGAAUGAUGUGUCCACCUCCUCCGCCUAUGCCCGGUUUAAAAGGACCUCCACCUCCACCUCUGCUUGGAAUAGGAGGACCUCCACCACCACCUAUGCCAGGAAUGGGUCCUUUAGUACCACCGAUAAUGGGAGCAUUAUCUCCAUCGCCUCCAGUGAUACAAGUUUUGCCUCAUGGAUUAAAACCGAAAAAGAAGUGGGAAGUAGAUGGACCAUUGAAAAGAGCAAAUUGGAAAGCGAUUUUACCUCACAGAAUGACAGAAAAGUCAUUCUGGACAAAAGUACAAGAAGACAAAUUAGCUAGUCCAGAAAUAUUGGAUGGUCUUGCACAAAAGUUCGCUUCCAAACCGAGUGGGAAAAAAAUAGACGAUGUAGUUGAUAAGUCAGCCCCAACGAAAAAAGUAAAGGAUCUCAAAGUUUUGGAUAAUAAAGCGGCUCAAAAUAUAUCAAUACUUCUCGGUGGGACACUAAAGCACAUGCCUUACGUGGAAGUAAAAAGAUGUUUAUUUCGAUGUGAAGGACCAGUUAUUUCUGAUAAUAUAUUACAAGGAUUAAUUCAAUACUUACCUCCGCCAGAUCAAUUGUCAAAAUUACAGAUGUACAAAGAUCAGUACGAUGACUUGACUGAAGCGGAACAAUUUUGUGUCACGAUAUCUACAAUAAAACGGUUAUUACCCAGAUUGAGAUCAUUAAGCUUUAUGUUGCGAUAUGAAGAGUUGAUACAGGAUAUAAAACCUGACAUAGUAGCAGCUACAGCAGCAUGCGAAGAAGUGAAAAGUAGCAAAAAGUUUGCACGAAUUCUUGAAUUAAUAUUGUUACUCGGAAACUAUAUGAAUUCCGGUUCCAAAAAUGGCCAAGCAUUCGGAUUCGAGAUUAAUUUUCUUACAAAGUUGACCAGUACUAAAGAUGUCGAUAACAAGCAAACUCUUAUGCAUUAUUUGGUGGAUACGAUAGAGAGAAAGUUUCCAGAAUGUCUCAGCUUCAUUGAGGAAAUAACACAUGUAGACCGUGCCAGUAGAGUGUCUUUAGAAAAUGUUCAGAGAACGUUAUGUCAAAUGGAUACCAAUAUCCGUAAUCUCGAACAGGAUCUUACGAAUGCCAAAGUUCCACAGUGCGAUGAAGACUUAUUUAUAGAUGUCAUGAAACCAUUCGCCAAGAAAGCUAGAGAAUCUUACGAGGUUCUGCAAAAUAUGUUUAAAAAUAUGGAUACUCUGUACACGGACAUCUCAGAAUUCUUUUCUUUCGACAAGCAGAAGUACACCAUAGAGGAAUUCUUUGGCGAUAUCAAGACGUUCAAAGAUGAUUUCUUGCAAUCGCAGAAGGAGAUAAUAAAGCUGAAGGAGGGCGAGGAGAAACAGAGGCGGACGAGAGAAGCGCGUGAAAAAGCAGAAGCAGAAAAGGCGGCACGAGCUGCGCGUAAACGCGCAUUAGUCGACAUGAACGCACAUGAGACUCAGGAAGGUGUUAUGGAUAGUCUGAUGGAAGCGUUGCAGACUGGAUCGGCCUUCAGUAGGCCAGACCAACGACGCAAGCGACAAACCCGCGUAGCUGGUGCGGAAAGGAGAGCGCAACUAAAUAGGAGUCGAUCGCGUACUGGAUUAGUCGGAACUGGCUUGCUAGGGAGAGAACUUUCGACAGAGCUUUUAAGUUCGGCUUAAUCUAUUGGAAUACAUCCUAUUUCCGUCCUAAACUCAUUGCUGUGAUGAUUUUACACGCAUUGGAACAUUAAUGAGCAAGAGAACAUGCGGUACGGUAAAUCAAUAUCCAAGAGAGAGAAAGAUAGAAAAGAACGACAUUCCACAUCAAUGAUCUUCCGGUGUAGAUCGAAUUUUUGCUAUUUCGAAUUGAGUAACAGUCUUCCUUAUAUAGUUAGGUAUUCGGUUUAUAGAUGUUUUUUAUUUGUAUAAAAUACAUAUGUAUGUAUACGGAUUUAUUUAUAACAAUAGUUGCAUUAAUACUCGCUAGAGUAAGUGCGAGAAUUUGUUCCGUAGACGAUACUUCGAGACGACGCGAGAAGAAAUUCGUCACUAGCAAACGCAUUUGUAAAUACGCAUGAGAUAAGUACUGGUGACGAAUUGACGAUUCGUUGAAACUGCUCGUCAAUAUAGUUCGACACACUCUCAUCACGCUCCAAGCAUGUUCACCAUCAUUUUGAAUCAGGCGGCGGAUUUCGCAUUUAUUUAUGUACGUGAUUGUAAAUAUAUUUCAUCUCGAGAAUCAUAGAUACAUACGUAUAUGCUGCGACUCGAAAUUAUUCCGAUAUUACAAGAUAUAUUUGUAAAAAUUACAUUUUGUGAACAAGUAACUUUUCCAUUAAAAAUCGAUAAUGCAUUUCUUCGGUAUUCUUAACGAAGGAAGAUACCUCAUAUAUUGUAUAGAUAUUUUUAUACGAUGAUAUUUUUAUGCGACUAGGAGAUUCGUAAUUAUCGCUUAUUUCUUCGUUAUAAUGUUAAGAUGAUACUAGUAAUCGUAAUGACUCUGUCGCCAGCUCGAUAAAACGACCGCAAAGCCUGCAUAACUUAACGUUUAUAUCAUUCGUUGCUCAUUUAAAUUUCAAUAAGAAUAUUUACAAUAUAAUCUAAAAUUCUAUUGUAGUAUAAAGAAAGAUUUGUAUACUAAAUUGGCGCACAAUUUUGCGACAUAUUUUUUUAUAAUUGUAGUUUUACCUUGUCUAUAUUUUUAGAAAAAAGCAUGUAUUUGCAUUUUUUUUUGUAACGAAAGCAUUUUACUAUGUAAUAGUAUUAAUCUAGGAGCAAAAAUAACUGAAAUUACUCUUAAGGGAAGUAGUUUAUUCAACGCAAUAUUCGCGUUUUGUGAUAUAAUUAAUGAACCCGAAAACAAGCUGAUCAUGACAGUCGAUCAGUACUUUUAACGGUGGCUUGAUCAAAUGCCCGUAAAAGAAAUUCAGAGUAAGAGAUAUAUAUAGAGAGAAGAAGAUCUUAGAAAACGGAUAUAUGGCGAUGUAAACACUACGAAUCUAAUUUAACUUUUUCCAACGCUUGAUAAAUUAGCAAUAGAUAACGCGACGUUUAUAUAUUGG